AUGUGUCUGGCAUCGAGCUCCGAUACACUUGUCUCCGGGAAGUCGUCUUCUCCCACGGUUGCCAGCAAGAAAGAUAAAGAGUUUGAAGAGGAGGAAGACUUGAAAUCUUGGAUGCACAAGAAUGGUUUACCUCCGUGUAAGGUAGUUCUCAAAGACAGGCAGGCGUAUGAUUCACGACAUCCUUCCAUUCAUUACGUCGCCGCAAGCGAGGAUUUACAGGCAGGUGAUAUUGCAUUUUCUGUUCCGAGUUCGUUGAUUGUAACACUCGAGAGAGUUUUGGGGAAUGAAACCGUCGCGGAACUGUUAACCACAAACAAACUAUCAGAGUUAGCUUGCCUUGCGUUGUAUCUAAUGUACGAGAAAAAACAAGGAAAAGAAUCUUUUUGGUACCCAUAUAUCAAAGAGCUUGAUCGUCAGCGUGGUAGGGGACAGCUAGCUGUUGAAUCACCACUCUUAUGGUCUGAAUCUGAGCUCAAUUAUCUUACAGGAAGUCCAAUAAAGGCUGAAGUUGUUGAAAGAGCAGAAGGCAUCAGAAAAGAGUAUAAUGAGCUUGACACUGUCUGGUUCAUGGCUGGAUCCCUAUUUCAGCAAUAUCCAUUUGAUAUCCCUACAGAGGCCUUUUCUUUUGAGAUAUUCAAACAAGCUUUUGUAGCAGUUCAAUCUUGUGUGGUGCAUUUACAGAAAGUGAGUUUGGCAAGAAGGUUUGCAUUGGUUCCUCUUGGACCUCCUCUGUUGGGGUACAGGAGCAAUUGCAAGGCCAUGUUAACAGCUGCAGAGGAUGGAGCUGUCCAGUUGGUUGUUGAUCGCCCAUAUAUAGCCGGACAGUCUAUUGUAGUAUGGUGUGGGCCACAACCUAAUUCCAAAUUACUCAUCAAUUAUGGUUUUGUUGAUGAAGAUAACACUUAUGAUCGCUUGAUGGUGGAGGCAGCAUUGAACACAGAGGAUCCUCAAUACCAGGAAAAGAGAUUGGUUGCUCAACGAAAUGGAAAAUUGACCAUACAAACUUUCCAGGUUAAUGUGGGGAAAGAAAGAGAGACUGUUUUAGAUAUGCUUCCAUAUAUGAGGCUGGGUUAUGUUUCAGAUCCUUCAGAGAUGCAGUCGGUUAUAUCCUCUCAGGGUCCUGUAUGUCCCGUGAGCCCUUGUAUGGAACAUGCUGUUUUGAACCAGCUGGCUACAUACUUCAGAGAAAGAUUGUCUGGUUACCCCACCACUCUAAGCGAAGAUGAAGCCUUGUUGGGAGAAUGUGAUAUCGAUCCAAGGAAACGAGUAGCCACACAGCUGCUGAGGUGUGAGAAGAGAAUACUAAACAAAUGCUUGGAGGCAACUGUUGAUCUCAUAAAUGAAUUACCAGAUCUCUCUCAAUCUCCAUGCCCAGCUCCCUAUGCCCCUCUACUAAGAUGAAAAAUCUCAAAAUCGCCUCUAUCUUUCAUUUACAAUUGUCACUUGUGUUGUUAAGUAAACAUGAUAUGCCCAAUCAAAAAACAACCGGCAUACCUUUUUAGCCUUGUACAGCCUUUUUCUUUUACCAAAAAAAAAAAAAACUAUGAUUCAAAAUGGGGGAACCAAAUGAUACACGCUUGAUUAAAUGCUAACUAGUGAAAACUAUAAUGUGCAA